GCGGAAGUUCCCGUGGGCGGUGGGGACGGCGCACGCACUAGGAGUCACUUGUCAGCGCUCUUCUGAGGCGGAGGCAAACGCCGCAAGCGUACUCGAGUGUCUUUCAUUUUCUGGGAUUGGACUUUGAGCCAUUAGAACCAUGAGCAACUACAGUGUGUCCUUGGUUGGCCCAGCUCCUUGGGGUUUCCGGCUGCAAGGUGGCAAGGAUUUCAACAUGCCUCUGACUAUUUCUAGUCUGAAAGAUGGCGGCAAGGCAUCCCAGGCAAAUGUAAGAAUAGGUGAUGUGGUUGUCAGCAUUGAUGGAAUAAGUGCACAUGGAAUGACUCAUCUUGAAGCCCAGAACAAGAUUAAGGGUUGUACUGGCUCUUUGAAUAUGACUCUGCAAAGAGCAUCUGCUACUCCCAAGCCUGAGCCAGUUCCAGUUCAAAAGGGAGAACCUAAAGAAGUAGUUAAACCUGUGCCCAUUUCAUCUCCUGCUGUGUCCAAAGUCACUUCCACAACCAACAUGGCCUACAAUAAGGCACCACGGCCCUUUGGUUCUGUGUCUUCUCCAAAAGUCACAUCCAUCCCAUCACCAUCGUCUGCCUUCACCCCAGCCCAUGUGACCACUUCAUCACAUGCUUCCCCUCCACCUGUGGCUGCUGUCACUCUUCCCCAGUUUGCUGCAUCUGGACUGCAUGCUAAUGUCAAUCUUAGUGCUGACCAGCGUUCACCUGCACUUAGCACCGCUAAAACUCCAGUUAAUGUCCCACGGCAGCCCACAGUCACCAACGUGUGUUCUGAGACUGCUCAGGAGCUAGCAGAGGGACAGAGAAGAGGAUCCCAGGGUGACAGUAAACAGCAAAAUGGGAAAAUCCCACCUAAACGCCCACCAAGAAAACACAUUGUGGAGCGCUAUACAGAGUUUUAUCACAUACCUACUCAUAGUGAUGCCAGCAAGAAGAGACUAAUUGAAGAUACUGAAGACUGGCGUCCAAGGACUGGAACUACUCAGUCUCGCUCUUUCCGAAUCCUUGCCCAAAUCACCGGGACCGAACAUUUGAAAGAAUCUGAAACUGAUAGUACAAAGAAGGCAAAGUUUGACAGUUCUCUGGAAGACAUAGCUAAGAGCGGACCUCACCCACCUUCAACUCCUAAGGUUUUGAGUAUUGGUAGCCAAGUGGCCACACUUUCUAAAGUAUCAACUACUUAUUCUAGUGGAAACAGCCUCACAAGAAAUGUAGUGGCAAGUUCUUUGGAAGGUGUUCGAAACUUUUCUACUUUCUCUUCUGCUAGAUAUAGUGCUCAAGUUCUGAGCAGCGCAGCUGCUACCGUGUCUGCUGUUAUUGCUGCAAAAACCAGGCUCUCCAGUCCUGAAAACUAUCAUUUAUUCCUGGAUGCACUUUCUAUCAGCCCUGUUUCCAAGCCUUUAGCUUUUUCAUAUCUCCAGUCCUCAAGGAAAUCAACUGGCUCUAUCCAUGUUAUGAAACCAAGCAAUACCCAGGAGUCUUCUCAGCAAUUGACUUCCUCAGUAGCCUCAAGUCAGAGCCUGCCAGAGAGCCUAGAAAGCCCAGGUUCUGCCAGACCAGGGGUGGCCAGCCUCACAACUGCUGCCGCCUUCAAGCCUCUGGGUUCCACCAAUGUUAUCAAGUCACCAAGCUGGCAGCGGCCAAAUCAAGCAGCACCUUCCACUGGAAGAAUCUCAAACAGUGUGACUUCCUCAGGGGCAGUGGCACCAGCCAACUUAGCAGGGGGGCAACCCCAGCCAAGCGAGCAAGACACUUUAGUGCAAAGAGCUGAGCACAUUCCUGCAGGGAAACGAACUCCAAUGUGUGCUCACUGUAACCAGGUCAUCAGGGGACCAUUCCUGGUGGCACUGGGGAAAUCUUGGCAUCCAGAAGAAUUUAACUGUGCUCAUUGCAAAAAUACUAUGGCCUACAUUGGAUUUGUAGAGGAGAAGGGAGCCCUGUAUUGUGAGCUGUGCUAUGAGAAAUUCUUUGCUCCUGAAUGUGGUCGAUGCCAAAGGAAGAUCCUUGGAGAAGUCAUCAAUGCUUUGAAGCAAACUUGGCAUGUGUCCUGUUUUGUAUGUGUAGCCUGUGGAAAACCCAUUCGUAAUAAUGUUUUUCACUUAGAGGAUGGUGAACCAUACUGUGAGACAGAUUAUUAUGCUCUCUUUGGUACCAUAUGCCGUGGAUGUGAAUUUCCCAUAGAAGCUGGCGACAUGUUCCUGGAAGCUCUGGGUUAUACCUGGCAUGACACUUGCUUUGUCUGCUCAGUGUGUUGUGAAAGUUUGGAAGGUCAGACCUUUUUCUCCAAGAAGGACAAGCCACUUUGCAAGAAACAUGCUCAUUCUGUGAAUUUUUAGAAGUCAGCAGUUCAGGGAAGAGAAGAAAUUUGAAGAGAAAGGAGAAUUAAAAUUACCAAUUUUUAGUUUAGUAUUAUAUAGAGUUUUAAAAAAUAAUAGUGGCCCUGAAGGGAUAAAUUCCAGCUUUAAAAACCAAGUCUGUGAGGAAAUAUUUGGCUUCAUAAAGUAAAGAAAGAAACCGUUCGGUAUUUUUUAAUACUUUUUUUCCUGUAUUUUCUGCCCAUGAAAUAACUGGUAUAAAAACCAAUUUCCUGGUUGACUAUUAAAUUCAUCUUAGAAUAAAUUAGUGAAGAAUUAAAUUUUAGAAUAAGAACUUCAACCUCUAUGCUGAAAUAAUUCCUUCUUUCCUUGUUAGGUAGUUAUGAGUGAAUCUGUAAAAGGCAAUGAAAACUGCCAUAAGCCUUAUCAAUAAGAGAAUCACUGUAUUAAAAAAACUAAGUGAUUGUUUAUCUUUAUAACACUAAAUAGGUGUUUUAACCCAUAAUUUUAUCAGUGUCAAUUUUUUAAAACAUAUGUAAAUCUUUUUGUCUUUCAGUUGUUCAUUCUGAUAGGAGAGGCCAAUCAGAUUUUUUUAAUCAAAAUGUGUCAUACCAAUAAGAAAACUCCCAUUUCUCUCUCCUCCAAAAACUACCACAUAGUUUAUAAUCUCGAGUUUUUGCCUUUUAUUAGUAUAUGACUGUUUCUAUUCAUUGUGUAAAUUUCGUCACCUGUGUUAUUCAAACUCCAUUUUUUUUUCCCUUCCCUCAUGCUAAGGUAAAGAACCAGUUAAAUAACUUUGAGCUCUGAAGUUAGUUUUUUCUCUCUCUUUAAAGAGAAUAAGUAGUAAAGAAUGUCAUUGGGAAUUUAUAGUAAAUCAGAGGUCUUUACCCAAAACAAAAAAGAAAUUCUCCCCCUUUUAGACAAAAAAUCAAUUGAGUCAAUUUCAGAGUUUUACUACUAACCAUAAAGGUUUGAGAGCACUCAUUUGUUUCUUUAAUUCUACAUUAGAAAAAUAACUAGAAGAUUGGCUUGGGAGUGUGAUAAAACCUAGUUAGUUGUGGUUUUGUUGUUUUUUGUUGUUUUUGAUAGUUCUUUCUCAAUAAUACACAAACUACUUUCAGUGUAAUCAUAAAGUUUGGAGAGUUUUUAUUUUCAGAGGUUUGGUAGAGUAGUACUGGAAGACAAUUUAUUAUUCAGAUUGUCCCGUUUGUUUUCCUGAUUCAGGGACAGAAUUAUAUAGCUCCACAUGGAGACAGAGAAACAACUGUGGAGAAAUUAUGGAUUCAGUUUAUAUUUGCCCAGUGAGAAGACAGAUCAUGAUGGCAUUGGAUAGUUUUUCUCUUUGUUCUCUGUUUCUGGAACGAUGAAAGCCUGUGAUCCCACUAAAUUAUAAUUUAAAUUUGUUUGGUGUAAGGUGCUUGUAAAGUUGAGACAGAGCUCUUCCUGCCCCAUCACUCACUAAGGACUUCACUUCCAUUGUGUGCAGGUUUGUUAAAGAGGGAGGUUUUAGGCUACAAUAUUUGUUUAACCUCCCUGAGAACUUUCAAGGCAUCUGUCCUGAAAGCUGUUAAUUUAUGAUCUAGCAGAUUUAUAUUAUAUGCAGAUAAUCAUUAACUGGGGAUAAAAGAAUGAGAAGGGGGGACCAAAGUGGCAAACUGAAUGCUCCACCAACAGCAACCCCAAACUACCUCCUCAGCCUGCAACUUGUAAGGAGGUGGGAAGUUUCUCUUGAAAUAAAGUGCUGGAACUGAAUUAUGCAUUAUUCCUCAUUGCUGCUGAAAUCCCCUGUAGAAGACAUGUUGGCUGAUGUGCAUUGUCACAUAUCUUUAUGUCAGUCUUUUGCGUUAGACAAUACAAAAUAGCUUUGUUUUGUUUUGGUUUUGUGGAGCUAUUUUUAUUUAGUUUUGCCUUUUUAGCUUACAUGUAGGUCAAGAUAAUAUUUGAUAAGUCAAUGGCAUUUAGGUAUUUUCUUCAAAGCCUUUUAUUUGGCCUGGAUUUCUCAUAAAGUUAUCUUACAUUCAUUAAGGAUUUCAUUUUUUUUUUAGACCUUUCUUUCUACAUAUUAUUCGUGGAGCAUGAUGUUGCAUUUCUCCAAAUUUUAUCCCUAAAAGGGUAAUGUUGCUUCUUAAUUUAUCAUUUUGUCUUUGUGCUUUGUCUGUCUCUUCUGUGGCAAAGCUCUAUAUCUGUUCUUAAAACAGUUAAUCCUGUGAAAUAAAUAUUGAACAUUACCCAGAAGAAUCUUUGUAUUUUCCAGUGGAGAAGGCCAUAUUUAAUACACAAGCAUUAAUCUAUUAAUAACUGGCAGAGCACUUUAUUCUUCUGUGAGCUCCCUGAAUAUUUAUUUUUCUGGUUAUAAAUAUUCCAUGUCAAAAGCAUUUAUUAUUAUUAUUACUUCUUCAGUGGAGAGCAUUCACUUUUAGCCUCUCCUAGAUGUAUAUUUUGGAAUCCUGUAAUUGAUAUAACAGAUUAAAAUCACAAUACAUGACUCUAAAAACACUGCCUACUUGGAUUUCCAAAGUUCAAAAUUUUAGUGAUAGGUUCAGAUUUAUAAUAUUUCUCUGGACUUAAAGAACUGAAUGUUGCCCAUUGAAGUAGCCACCUGAAAAUUAUCCCCUCUGCUUAUGCAUAUAGUAACCUUACAUAUUUCUUGUGGAUUCAGGUUACAUUUAGAGUCUAGGACUAAAACCUCAUUAUUUGGGAUGGUAACUGUAUUAAAACAAAUAUAAAUAAGAGUUUAAAUAUUAAAAAUAUUAAUGUGGCAUUAUGUUUAAAAUUAUCUACAGCAAAAAUGUAUUUGUUACCAUUUUUAAAUGGUCUAUAUUAGAACUACUUUUGUAGAAAAUAAUUCCUUCAUUUUCCCCUUGUUCAAGUGUGAAUUUAGCCUGAUAUUAACAUUUUGUGAUAUUUGGAAGUUAGUCAUCCCUGCUGAACAAAGGGGCUUUCAGACAUAAGGGAAGGGAAAACAUAUACUGAAUUGUUUUAUACAAAUCUAACCUGGCCUUAGUUUUUCCCCAGUCCCCCAAAUGUUUAAAUGUGUUGGAUUGGGGUCUCAAUGUACCAUUUGCCUAUAUAUUAAUCUCAAUCUUCUGUUUCUUUAAGUUUUUAAAGUUUGUAUAUGUCUGUGCUGUUUUGCUUUUGGGUACAUUUUCUAAUAAAAAAUCACAUGAGAUACAAUCAGUACAGUAAUACCUUAAUGUGCACAUUCUUAAUAAAUAAAUGACUUCAAUGAUGUA